CUUAUCUGGGUAAAGAGAAAGCUGUGCCUUUAAACUGUGUUUGCUGUGACUCUGGAAACUGAGCAAACAAAGUCUGAGGGAAACUUUACUCUCAAGCAGAACUGACAGGAAGGUACAAGGACUGAAGGACUGCAAACUUCUGUAGGACAUACCUGCCUCUGGAUUCACAACUGAACUGCAAAUCUCUGACUGCUUGGGGGAGCUUAGCUCAGACUUUUUGGAUGUACCUCAUCCCGAUGGCAAAUGAGAGACUGGUUCAGCCCCUGAGUGUCAGACUGCUCCUUUGGUCUCCAUGAACUACAGGGAAGUAUGUUUACCUGCAAAGCACAUCCAGCUCUUAUUCAGAUACAGCUGAUGGGGUUGUGGAGGCUACCUGUCUCCUGCUGCUCUGCUGCUGAUCCAUCAUCUCAGUUGCCAUAGAGACAAGAUCUGGAAGCCAUGGAUGAGCAUGGGAGAGAAGCCGCCCACAGGCUCUCCGCUGGUGGGCUCUGGCAGGGCCUUUCUCGGCAGGUACUGAGAGAGUCAGGGUCGGUCUCUGAGGGUGAGGAAGAGUCAGCAGGUGCUGACCCAGUGGCUCACGAGGGGGACUUGCCAACACAUUACAUUGCCAUCCAAAGAAAUUCCAAGUACUACCGAUCCAUGAGGCUGCCAAACAGAGGGAAAAGAAAGGCUUCGAGAGAGGCAGUGCACAUGGGGCGUGUCACAGGUUCACUCAAAAACAAUGAACCUGUCAAAGAACCUCUGAAUGUUUUAUCUCAUAAGGGAUCAGCAUCUCCAGCAAACUCUGAUAAGACAACGUUAGAUGAAGUGUGGAUCCAAAGGCUGCUGCCUUCCUACCCCCGUUACCGUGGCAACCGCCCGGACUCCCCCAGCCCCGCGCUGCCGCCGCCGGAGCUGCUGGGCAGCCGCCUGCCGCCGCCGGCCAUGGAGCUGCUGGCCGCGGCCCUGAGCGCCGCCUGCGCCCUCGACCAGGACGGCUCGGCGGGACAGCCCGGCAGGAACCCCCCCGCCGCCGCUGAGGAGACCCCCGCCGGCACCGCCGAGCCGCCGCCCGCACACCCCAUGACGGCCGACUCGUGGAGGAACCUCAUCGAGCACAUCGGGCUCUUGUACCAGGAAUAUCGAGAUAAAUCUACACGCGAGGAGAUUGAAACCAGGCGACUGCAGGAUUCACAGGCAAACCCUGAGGAGACUUCACCCAGUGAGGAAACCCCAUCUGAAGCAGAGCCUACAAGUACAACCGAAAACAAAGCUCCACCACAAAUCAGUUUGCUGAGGAAUUCCAACUCCAGGUUCAACUUAUGGCAGGAUCUUCCCGAGAUCCGGAACAGCGGUGUCCUCAGCAUCCUCCAGCCAGAUGAGAUCAAGCUGCAGGAGGCCAUGUUUGAGCUGGUUACUUCUGAAGCCUCAUAUUACAAGAGCCUCAAUCUGCUGGUGUCUCACUUCAUGGAGAAUGAGCGUCUGAAGAAGAUCUUACACCCGUCUGAGGCGCACAUCCUUUUCUCCAACGUGCUGGAUGUGAUGGCUGUCAGCGAGCGCUUCCUGUUGGACCUAGAGCAGCGGGUGGAGGAGAACAUCGUGAUCUCGGACGUGUGCGACAUCGUCUACCAGCACACGGUCAAUCACUUCUCCGUGUACAUCACCUACGUGUCCAACCAGACCUACCAGGAGAGAGCUUACAAGCAGCUUCUCCAGGACAAACCAGCUUUCCGGGAAGUGAUCUCACAGCUGGAGCUGGAUCCCAAGUGCAAAGGCCUGUCAUUUUCUUCCUUCCUGAUUCUGCCAUUUCAAAGAAUCACUCGGCUCAAGCUGCUGGUGCAGAAUAUUUUGAAGAAAGUGGAAGAGAAAUCUGACAGGGAAUCUACAGCCCUGGAUGCACAUAAAGAAUUGGAAACAGUGGUGAAAGCCUGUAAUGAAGGUGUGCGGAAGAUGAGCCGAACAGAGCAGAUGAUCAGCAUCCAGAAGAAGCUGGAAUUCAAGAUCAAGUCCGUGCCCAUCAUCUCCCACUCCCGCUGGCUGCUGAAGCAGGGGGAACUGCAGCAAAUGAACGGUCCAAAGACAUCACGAACACUUCGCACCAAGAAACUCUUCAGAGAAAUCUACCUGUUCCUGUUCAAUGAUCUGCUGGUGCUUUGCCGGCAGAUUCCUGGGGACAAGUACCAGGUGUUUGACUCUGCUCCCCGAGGGCUUCUUCGGGUAGAGGAGUUGGAAGAUCAGGGGCAGAGUUUGGCCAACGUCUUCAUCUUGAGGCUGCUGGAGAAUGCAGAUGACCGUGAGGCCAGCUACAUGCUGAAGGCAUCGUCCCAGAGUGAAAUGAAACGCUGGAUGAUUUCACUGGCCCCGAACCGGAGAACCAAGUUCGUUUCAUUUACCUCCAGACUUGUUGACUGCCCACAGAUCCAGUGUGUCCACCCGUACGUGGCCCAGCAGCCCGAUGAGCUGUCCCUGGAACUGGCUGAUGUCCUCAACAUCCUGGACAAGACAGACGAUGGCUGGAUAUUUGGGGAGCGUCUUCAUGACCAGGAGAGGGGCUGGUUCCCCAGUUCUAUGGGGGAAGAGAUCCUGAACCCCAAAAUCCGAGCCCAGAACCUGAAGGAGUGUUUCCGGGUGCACAAGUCAGAUGACAGUCAGAGAAGGAAACUGGGCAGCAGAAACCGCCAGUGACCGGCAGCAUUCCUGAGCAUCUGGAGUGCCUCCGGGAGAGGGGCAGGAGACAGAGGCUGCCAGCUGGGAAGAGGUGGCAGCUGUGGGACAUGGUGGAGGACCUGCUGCACCGGACAAGGCACACACACCCGUGAACAACCUGACUGUGGUUCCUGGCCCCCCCCAGCACUGAUCCUUUCCUAGAGAUCAGUGCUCUAAACUGUAAAAUAACCCUUUUCCAGGUGUUCUGUAAAGUCCCAAAGAGCAUGAGCCCGAAGG